UUUUUUUUAUUAUAUGAAACAAAAAUAACAUUCAAACUAGUAAGUUUUGAACUAAUGAUUGUAGGGCUUUAACCCAAAGGGAGCCCUUCCAGAAAUUCUCAAUGGCCAAGGUUGAACCUAGGCCAAAGAGGGGGUUUGGAAAUAGUUUUCAACCAGCAAUAG